GCCGGCUGGCUGGGAAGAUGGCGGCGGGAUCCCUGGGCGCCGCCGCUGCCGCGGAGCGGGCCCGGGGCGUCCGGGCUGCGAGGUCCAGGGCGGAGGCCGGGCCAUGAGCGCGUCGCCCUCGAGUGCCCGAGCCGCGGAGCCCGCCCGCGCCCCCCGGGCCGCCCCGCCUCCCUCGCCAUGGCGCGGCUCGCGGACUACUUCGUGCUGGUGGCGUUCGGGCCGCACCCGCGCGGGAGUGGGGAAGGCCAGGGCCAGAUUCUGCAGCGUUUUCCGGAGAAGGACUGGGAGGACAACCCGUUCCCCCAGGGCAUCGAGCUGUUUUGCCAGCCCAGCGGGUGGCAGCUAUGUCCCGAAAGGAAUCCACCGACCUUCUUCGUUGCCGUCCUCACGGACAUCAACUCCGAGCGACACUACUGCGCCUGUCUGACCUUCUGGGAGCCGGUGGAGCCCAUGCAGGAAGCAGCGUGCUCUGAGGACACCGCGGAGCGGGAGGAGGCAGUGGAUGAGGGAGGCCAGGUGGGGCUGUCGCCCACAGCGCCUGCCCCGGCCGGCCAGCUGUUUGCUCCGAAGACCCUGGUGCUGGUGUCACGACUGGACCACGCGGAGGUGUUCAGGAACAGCCUGGGUCUCAUCUAUGCCAUCCACGUGGAGGGCCUGAACGUGUGCCUGGAGAAUGUGGUUGGGAACCUGCUGACGUGCACUGUGCCCCUGGCCGGGGGAUCACAGAGAACCAUCUCUCUGGGGGCUGGUGACCGGCAGGUCAUACAGACCCCACUGGCCGACUCGCUGCCAGUCAGCCGCUGCAGUGUGGCCCUGCUCUUCCGCCAGCUGGGCAUCACCAACGUGCUGUCUUUGUUCUGCGCUGCCCUCACGGAGCACAAGGUCCUCUUCCUGUCCCGGAGCUACCAGCGACUCUCAGACGCCUGCCGGGGCCUCCUGGCACUGCUGUUCCCUCUCAGAUACAGCUUCACCUACGUGCCCAUCCUGCCAGCCCAGCUGCUCGAGGUCCUCAGCACCCCCACGCCGUUCAUCAUCGGGGUGCACGCGGCCUUCCAGGCAGAGACCCAGGAGCUGCUGGACGUGAUUGUUGCUGAUCUCGAUGGAGGGACGGUGACCGUCCCCGAGUGUGUGCACAUCCCACCUCUGCCGGAGCCACUGCAGAGCCAGACGCACAGUGUUCUGAGCAUGGUCUUGGACCCAGAGCUGGAGCUGGCCGACCUCGCCUUCCCCCCACCAACGACGUCCACGUCCUCCCUGAAGAUGCAGGACAAGGAGCUGCGCGCUGUCUUUCUGCGGCUCUUCGCGCAGCUCCUGCAGGGCUACCGCUGGUGCCUGCACGUCGUGCGUGUCCACCCAGAGCCGGUUAUCCGCUUCCACAAGGCAGCCUUCCUGGGCCAGCGCGGGCUGCUGGAAGAUGACUUCCUGAUGAAGGUGCUGGAGGGCAUGGCCUUUGCCGGUUUCGUGUCAGAGCGGGGGGUCCCGUACCGCCCCACGGACCUGUUUGAUGAGCUGGUGGCCCACGAGGUGGCGCGGAUGCGGGCUGACGAGAACCACCCCCAGCGUGUGCUGCGUCACGUCCAGGAACUGGCAGAGCAGCUCUAUAAGAACGAGAACCCGUACCCAGCCGUGGCGAUGCACAAAGUGCAGAGGCCGGGUGAGGCCAGCCACCUGCGCCGGGCACCCCGGCCCUUCCCGCGGCUGGAUGAGGGCACCGUGCAGUGGAUUGUGGACCAGGCCGCCGCCAAGAUGCAGGGCGCGCCCCCCGCCGUGAAGGCAGAGAGGAGGACCACGGUGCCCUCUGGGCCCCCUAUGACUGCCAUCCUGGAGCGGUGUGGCGGGCUGCAGGCCAACAGCGCCCGCCGGCUGGAGGUGGUGCGCAACUGCAUCUCCUACGUGUUCGAGGGGAAGAUGCUUGAGGCCAAGAAGCUGCUCCCGGCCGUGCUGAGGGCCCUGAAGGGGCGAGCUGCCCGCCGCUGCCUCGCGCAGGAGCUGCACCUCCACGUGCAGCAGAACCGUGCGGUCCUCGACCACCAGCAGUUUGACUUUGUCGUCCGCAUGAUGAACUGCUGCCUACAGGACUGCACCUCUCUGGAUGAGCAUGGCAUCGCGGCUGCCCUGCUGCCCCUGGUCACAGCCUUCUGCCGGAAGCUGAGCCCGGGGGUGACGCAGUUUGCAUACAGCUGCGUGCAGGAGCACGUGGUGUGGAGCACGCCGCAGUUCUGGGAGGCCAUGUUCUAUGGGGACGUGCAGACCCACAUCCGAGCCCUCUAUCUGGAGCCCGCUGAGGACCGAGCCCCCUCCCAGGAGGUUGGGGAGGCACCUUCCCAGGAGGACGAGCGCUCUGCCCUGGACGUGGCUUCUGAGCAGCGGCGUCUGUGGCCAACCAUGAGCCGCGAGAAGCAGCAGGAGUUGGUGCAGAAGGAGGAGAGCACGGUGUUCAGCCAGGCCAUCCACUAUGCCAACCGCAUGAGCUACCUCCUCCUGCCCCUGGACAGCAGCAAGAGCCGCCUGCUGCGGGAGCGUGCGGGGCUGGGCGACCUGGAGAGCGCCAGCAACAGUCUGGUCACCAACAGCAUGGCGGGCAGCGUGGCCGAGAGCUACGACACGGAGAGUGGCUUCGAGGAUGCGGAGACGUGCGACGUGGCUGGGGCUGUGGUCCGCUUCAUCAACCGCUUUGUGGACAAGGUCUGCACGGAGAGUGGGGUCACCAGCGACCACCUCAAGGGGCUGCAUGUCAUGGUGCCAGACAUCGUCCAGAUGCACAUCGAGACCCUGGAGGCCGUGCACCGAGAGAGCAAGAGGCUGCCCCCCAUCCAGAAGCCCAAACUGCUGCGGCCACGCCUGCUGCCCGGUGAGGAGUGUGUGCUGGACGGCCUGCGCGUCUGUCUGCUGCCAGAUGGGCGAGAGGAGGGCGCCGGGGGCAGUGGGGGGGGCCCUGCACUGCUCCCAGCCGAGGGCGCCGUCUUCCUCACCACGUACCGCGUCAUCUUCACCGGGAUGCCCACCGACCCCCUGGUGGGGGAGCAGGUGGUGGUCCGCUCCUUCCCGGUGGCUGCGCUGACCAAGGAGAAGCGCAUCAGUGUGCAGACGCCCGUGGACCAGCUCCUGCAGGACGGGCUGCAGCUGCGCUCCUGCACGUUCCAGCUGCUGAAAAUGGCCUUUGAUGAGGAGGUGGGGUCCGACAGCGCCGAGCUCUUCCGUAAGCAGCUGCACAAGCUGCGGUACCCGCCGGACAUCAGGGGCACCUUCGCGUUCACUCUGGGCUCUGCCCACCCACCCGGCCGGCCACCCCGGACCACCAAGGAUAAGGGUCCCUCUCUCAGAACCCUGUCGCGGAACCUGGUGAAGAAUGCCAAGAAGACCAUCGGGCGGCAGUACGUCACCCGCAAGAAGUACAACCCCCCCAGCUGGGAGCACCGGGGCCAGCCGCCCCCUGAGGACCAGGAGGACGAGAUCUCAGUGUCGGAGGAGCUGGAACCCAGCACGCUGACCCCGUCCUCAGCCCUGAAGCCCUCGGACCGCAUGACCAUGAGCAGCCUGGUGGAGAGGGCUUGUUGCCGUGACUACCAGCGCCUCGGCCUGGGCACCCUGAGCAGCAGCUUGAGCCGGGCCAAGUCCGAGCCCUUCCGUGUGUCCCCCGUCAACCGCAUGUAUGCCAUCUGCCGCAGCUACCCAGGGCUGCUGAUCGUGCCUCAGAGCGUCCAGGACAACGCCCUGCAGCGCGUGUCUCGCUGCUACCGCCAGAACCGUUUCCCCGUGGUCUGCUGGCGCAGUGGGCGUUCCAAGGCUGUGCUGCUGCGCUCUGGCGGCCUGCACGGCAAGGGUGUUGUUGGCCUUUUCAAGACCCAGAACGCGCCUUCUCCAGGCCAGUCCCAGGCAGACUCGAGCAGCCUGGAGCAGGAGAAGUACCUACAGGCCGUGGUCAGCUCCAUGCCCCGCUACGCCGACACGUCAGGACGCAACACGCUCAGCGGCUUCUCCUCGGCCCACAUGGGCAGUCACGCGCCCAGCCCCAGAGCCAGGGUCACCACGCUGUCCAACCCCAUGGCGGCCUCGGCCUCCCGACGGACAGCGCCCCGAGCCCUCCUCCCUCGCACAGCCCUGCAGGGGUCCUGUCGGCCACCCCUGCCCUGCCCUGGGAGCCCAGCUCCCUCCCUGGAGGCCGGGCCCAGCCAGCCCCAGGUAAGUGGUGCCCUGGCCCUGCUUGGGUGCUCACCUGGUGUCUCCUCUGCAGGUAAGUGGGGCAGUGUCCGGGCCAGCGGGCGCACCAGUGGGCUCGGCACCGAUGUGGGCUCCCGGCUGGCUGGCAGAGACCUGCUGGGCCCCCCCCAGGCCAACGGGGCUCCCUCGGAUCCAGGCUUUUUGCGACCCCAGCGUGCAGCCCUCUACAUCAUUGGGGACAAAGCCCAGCUCAAGGGUGUGCGGCCAGACCCCUUGCAGCAGUGGGAGCUGGUGCCCAUUGAGGUGUUUGAGGCGCGGCAGGUAAAGGCCAGCUUCAAGAAGCUGCUGAAGGCUUGUGUCCCAGGCUGUGCCGCCGCUGAGCCCGGCCCGCCGUCCUUCCUGCGCUCACUGGAGGACUCCGAGUGGCUGACCCAGAUCCACAAGCUGCUGCAGGUGUCGGUACUGGUGGUGGAGCUCCUGGACUCGGGCUCCUCCGUCCUGGUGAGCCUGGAGGACGGCUGGGACAUCACCACCCAGGUGGUGUCCUUGGUGCAGCUGCUCUCAGACCCCUUCUACCGCACGCUGGAGGGCUUCCGCCUGCUGGUGGAGAAGGAGUGGCUGUCCUUCGGCCAUCGCUUCAGCCACCGCGGGGCCCACACCCCGGCUGGGCAGAGCAGCGGCUUCACGCCUGUCUUCCUGCAGUUCCUGGACUGUGUACACCAGGUCCACCUGCAGUUCCCCAUGGAGUUUGAGUUCAGCCAGUUCUACCUCAAGUUCCUUGGCUACCACCACGUGUCCCGCCGUUUCCGGACCUUCCUGCUCGACUCUGACUAUGAGCGCAUCGAGCUGGGGCUGCUGUACGAGGAGAAGGGGGAGCGCAGGGGCCAGCUGGCGUGCAGGUCUGUGUGGGAGUAUGUGGACCGGCUCAGCAAGAGGACACCCGUGUUCUACAACUACAUGUAUGCGCCUGAGGACACAGAGGUCCUGCGGCCCUACAGCAACGUGUCCAACUUGAAGGUGUGGGACUUUUACACUGAGGAGACGCUGGCUGAGGGGCCCCCUUACGACUGGGAACUGGCCCAGGGGCCCCCCGAACCCCCAGAGGAGGAACGGCCUGAUGGAGGCGCUCCCCAGAGCAGGCGCCGUGUGGUGUGGCCCUGUUACGACAGCUGUCCCCGAGCCCAGCCUGACGCCAUCUCACGCCUGCUGGAGGAGCUGCAGCGGCUGGAGACAGAGCUGGGCCGACCCCCUGAGCGCUGGAAGGACACUUGGGACCGGGUGAAGGCCGCACAGCGCCUCGAAUUCCGGCCAGAUGGACAUGGCACCCCCGGCUCUCUACUAAUGUCCAGUGUGCCCCACCACCGCCGCUCGCUGGGUGUCUACCUGCAGGAGGGGCCUGUGGGCUCCACCCUGAGCCUCAGCCUGGACAGCGACCAGAGCAGCGGCUCGACUGCAUCCAGCUCCCGCCAGGCUGCCCGCCGCAGCACCAGCACCCUGUACAGCCAGUUCCAGACAGCCGAGAGUGAGAACAGGUCCUACGAGGGCACCUUGUACAAGAAGGGAGCCUUCAUGAAGCCGUGGAAGGCCCGCUGGUUCGUGCUGGACAAGACCAAGCACCAGCUGCGCUACUACGACCACCGUGUGGACACAGAGUGCAAGGGCGUCAUCGACCUGGCGGAGGUGGAGGCCGUGGCACCAGGCACACCCACCAUGGGCGCCCCCAAGACUGUGGAUGAGAAGGCCUUCUUUGACGUGAAGACAACGCGUCGCGUUUACAACUUCUGUGCCCAGGACGUGCCCUCAGCCCAGCAGUGGGUGGACCGGAUUCAGAGCUGCCUGUCGGACGCCUGAGCUCCCCGGCCCCACCCGGGCUGCUCUGCUUCCAGUCGUUACAGACCACUAGGGGUGGGCAGGGCCGCCCCGGCCAUGUUUACAGCCCCGGCCCUCGACAGUAUUGAGGCCCCGAUCCCCAGCACUUGUGUGUACAGCCCCGUCCCCGCCCCGCCCCGCCCGGCCAGCUCUAACUUAUUUUGGCGUCAUGGCUGAGCGCCGUGCCGGGAGGUGGCCAUGGUACAGCCCCAAGAUGGGCCUGUAAAUAGUCCAGCCCCAUCAGCGUGCUGGCCCCGGCCGGCCGGCCGCAGGUGAAUUGUUUCUAGAACCAGAGUCUAUAUAAAGAACGAACUAACGCC